AUGUCGAAGGCUCCGAUGUCAACUGCUUGCUCUGUGGCCGCUGCUUCGGCUCGAGACUUGUCCGUCUGGGUAUCUGGCACUGAGGACCUGUUGGCAAUGGGGGCCACAGGAUCCUGCUGCUCUUGUGAAGACGACUUGCAAGGGUCUGACGACUCCAGGAGGCCUGGCAGACAGACCCGAAAAAGGUCUCCCACCGAGUUCACCAUCGUUAUCGAUAGGAGGACGGGUGAUAGCUUGGGCAUCGAUGCCGCUCCCGAGAAGGUUGGCACGCUUGAAAUAAAAAGCGUCACUCCAGGAGGCUUGGUAGACAGGUGGAAUCAGGCCCAACCGCCUGGAUCCAGAGAGGUCGUGAAGCCAGGCAUGCGAGUCGUAGAGGCCAUGCUGUGCAGCUGCCCUUUAAGCUGCUUGGGAGUCCAGUGUCCAUUGAAACAAGGUAAGAACACAGCAAUUUAA